AUGACUUGUGUCACAGUCACUCACUGCUCUUCCACCACCCGCCCGCCCGCCCGCCCUUCCUUCCUCCUGGCUACUCUUCCAGCAGACACCUUCAGCAGUGUUCCAGCAGCCACCUGCCGCAGUCUUCCAGCAGCCGCCUUCCGCAGUCUUCCAGCAGCCGCCUGCCGCAGUCUUCCAGCAGCCGCCUGCCGCAGUCUUCCAGCAGCCGCCUGCCGCAGUCUUCCAGCAGCCGCCUGCCGCAGUCUUCCAGCAGCCGCCUGCCGCAGUCUUCCAGCAGCCGCCUGCCGCAGUGUUCCAGCAGCCGCCUGCCGCAGUGUUCCAGCAGUCGCCUGCCGCAGUGUUCCAGCAGCUACCUGCCGCAGUGUUCCAGCAGUCACCUGCCGCAGUGUUCCAGCAGCUACCUGCCACAGAGUUCCAGCAGCUACCUGCCGCAGUGUUCCAGCAGUCACCUGCCGCAGUGUUCCAGCAGCCACCUGCCGCAGUGUUCCAGCAGUCACCUGCCGCAGUGUUCCCGCAGCCACCUGCCGCAGUGUUCCAGCAGCCACCUGCCGCAGUGUUCCCGCAGUCACCUGCCGCAGUGUUCCAGCAGCCACCUGCCGCAGUGUUCCAGCAGACACCUGCCGCAGUGUUCCAGCAGCCACCUGCCGCAGUGUUCCAGCAGUCACCUGCCGCAGUGUUCCAGCAGCCACCUGCCGCAGUGUUCCAGCAGACACCUGCCGCAGUGUUCCAGCAGACACCUGCCGCAGUGUUCCAGCAGCCACCUGCCGCAGUGUUCCAGCAGUCACCUGCCGCAGUGUUCCCACUAACCUGUCCUCUCCCUGUGCUUGCAGUUCUCUGCUGACACACCCACUGGCCUCUCCAUGCCAGCUAUUGUGUCUAUUGCAACUUUCUUUGUUCCUCUGCCAGCUGUCAUCGUAG